AUGGCCUCGCUGUUUGUUCGCCGCGUCGCGGCACGCUCUAUGGUGCCUGUGGCGCCUGUGCGUGCCUUUUCGAUGACGUCGGGUGCGUGGGCUAAGCCGAUGCCCGGCCCCGCCGGCACCACUGGCCCCACCCAGAUUUCGCCGGUGCACGAUGCGCUCAACACGAGCAAGGACCACACGAUCCCUCACUCGCACUACGCCCGCCCGUCGGCGCACGGCCCGGACUACUCCAACGGCCCGAGUGCGUUGGAGAAGGCCGGCCAGCUCUUCCUCUUCACCGAGCUUGCGCGCGGUCUGUGGAUCACGCUGGAAAACUUUUUCCGCCCGCCGUACACGAUCCUAUACCCUUUUGAAAAGGGACCGAUGAGCCCCCGGUUCCGUGGCGAGCAUGCGCUGCGUCGCUACCCGACCGGUGAGGAGCGCUGCAUUGCGUGCAAGCUGUGCGAGGCGAUCUGCCCUGCGCUCGCCAUUACCAUUGAGAGCGAGCCCCGCGCGGACGGCGCCCGCCGCACGACGCGCUACGAUAUUGAUAUGACCAAGUGCAUUUACUGUGGCAUGUGCCAGGAGGCGUGCCCGGUUGAUGCCAUUGUCGAGACGCAGACGCUAGAGUUUGCAACCGAGACGCGCGAGGAGCUCUUCUACAACAAGGAAAAGCUCCUGGCCAACGGCGACCGCGCCGAGGCCGAGAUUGCGUCGAAUAUCUACGCGGACCACCUGCAGCGCUAA